AUGACCCCAGAUGUCGAAAAAGCGGAAGCGCCGGGUUCAGAAAAUGACAAUCGAGAUGAAUCGCCCGAGCAGGCCUCUCAGCGUAGGGAAGAUGCAGCGCAAAGCAAUGAAGAUGCAGCAAUAGAAACGCAAACCACUACAUCGGCCAGCGCAAAAUGGCUGAAAGCAAGCCGGUCGGUGCUGGAAAAGACAGGGCGUCUCGCGAACCAGCUAGGACGGCCACACGAGCACGGUGAACAGGGGCUUGGGUCGGCGAUGAUUGACCCAGAGGAGCUGGGCUCAACUGAUGACGCCAAGUUGGCCGCCCUGUUCAGAGAUGAUUCGGGCGAAGGGUCUAGUCAGGCAAAGUAUCGUGAGGCCAUGAACGCAGAGGCCCAGAGGGUGCUACAAGCUCUUGGUGGUAUCCACCAGAGCAGCUCGGAAGCAACCAGCACCACUGAUGUGACUUAUACCGAGAGCCACACGCCCAGUGCCGAGGAGAGCGCGAGACCACACGAGGAUACGGCUGGUAGACCUCUGGUCACGGGCGUUCUUUCAGGACUACUCCAGUUGCACUCCCGCCAUAGACGGGACGCUUCCAUUGGGAAAAUGUCACAUACGGGAACCGAAUCCGAUGUCGAACUCCCGAAGCCGUCGCACACUGGGACAGAUUCUACCCAGCGGUCCUCCAAGGUUAAGCCACCACAGUGGUACCACAAGCCCCAGCAUUCAUCAACAGCCUCCCUUGUACGCGCGUCAAUGAACAUGGCGCAGGUGGGCUCGUCGACUGCCCUGGCCAACACGGACGCCAUGAAGGCGGAUCCCCAAAGGUUCAAGGAGAGGAAAAAGAAGCAUAAGAAGAGCGCUGCCGAGGUGAAGCUGACCGUCCACAUCGCCGAAUUGAUCAUGCGCCAGCGCUAUCUGAUGCAACUGUGUCGCGCUUUCAUGCGUUAUGGUGCCCCGACGCAUCGGCUAGAGGAGUACAUGCAAAUGACAGCUCGCGUGUUGGACAUCGAGGCGCAGUUCAUGUAUCUCCCUGGCUGUAUGAUCAUGUCGUUCGAUGACCCGGUAACCCGCACCGGAGAGGUCAAGUUGAUUCGCGUUCCGCAAGGGCUUGACCUGGGCCGUCUACAAGAAGUCCAUUACUGUUACAAACGGGUCACGCAUGACAUGGUGGAUAUGACCACUGCAAUAACAGAACUGACCGAGCUAAUGGACCGACCUCCGCGAUAUCCUAAGUGGCUGAUCAUUAUUCUAUAUGGUCUGGGAUCGGCUGCAGUAGGACCAUUCGCCUUCACCGCCCGUCCUAUCGACAUGCCGAUUAUCUUUGUGCUCGGAUGCUGUGUGGGUUUCAUGCAGCAUAUCCUGGCCCCUAUGUCUGCCCUGUACUCCAACGUCUUUGAAGUGACCGCCGCGAUUUUGAUCUCCUUCCUUGCUCGUGCAUUUGGAAGUAUCAGGCUUCCAGGGCAUUCGGACCCUAUCUUCUGCUACGCAUCAAUCACGGAAUCUUCUAUCGCCCUAAUCCUACCAGGGUUCUCAGUCUUGACGAGCAGUCUGGAGCUGCAGUCCCAUCAGAUGAUAGCAGGGUCUAUCCGCCUGGUGUAUACUAUCCUGUACUCGUUGUUUCUGGGCUACGGUGUCACGGUGGGCACGACAAUCUAUGGGGCGAUCGACGGGGAUGCAACGAGGGACACUACCUGCGCCCGCCAAAGCGUCUGGGGCAGCGCAUAUACCCAGCAUUUCCCAUUCGUGGCAGUAUAUUGUCUCAUUGCAGCUUUAAUCAACCAGGCGAAGUUGAGACAAACACCAAUGAUGAUCCUUAUCGGCACAGCUGGAUACGUGACCAACUAUUUCAGUACCCAGAAACUAGGUUCUUCAUCUGAAGUGGCCAAUACUGUUGGUGCCUUUACGAUCGGUCUCCUGGCCAAUCUGUACAGCAGACUCUGGCACGGCAAUGCGGUCAGCUCGACCAUCCCCGGUAUAUUUACAUUGGUGCCCUCCGGUUUGGCAUCUUCGGGGUCGAUCCUCUCAGCCAUCGAGUAUUCAGACUCAGUGAAAAAUGGGACUGCAGAUACGUCAGGUGGCUCGUCAGGGAGCUCAUUGACUAGCUUGGGUUUUGGUAUGAUCCAAACCGCUAUUGGCAUCACCGUCGGGCUUUUCAUUUCAGCGUUGAUUGUAUAUCCUCAUGGAAAGCGACGAAGCGGGUUGUUCUCACUAUAG